GCUCCGGCCGGAGGCGGCUUCAUUGUAGCGGAAUGGCGGCCGUCAUUCACAAUCCUCUCAAGUCAUUAGGGGAGCAGAUCUACAAGGAAGCUAUUGAACAUUGCCGUAACUACAAUGCUCGACUGUGUGCAGAGCGCAGUGUUCGUCUCCCAUUCCUGGACUCGCAAACUGGCGUUGCUCAAAACAACUGCUACAUCUGGAUGGAGAAGAGGCACAGGGGCUCAGGCUUGGCUCCUGGUCAGUUGUACACUUAUCCUGCUCGCUGCUGGCGCAAGAAGAGGCGUCUCCAUCCUCCCGAAGACCCCAGGCUGAGACUUUGUGAGAUAAAGCUCGAAGGAGAGAUCACCCUAAAAAGAGAUGGUGUGUCAGCUGAAGGAACCACUUUGGAAGCCCUGCUACGUGGGGAAGCACUGGAAAAAAGAAAUGAUUCUAAAGAAGAUGAAACUCUCAACGAAAUUCAGAGAGUUUUAAGCAACGAGGAGAACGUGGAAGACCUGGAGGAGGAGGAUGUGGAAGAUGAAGUGCCAAAACGCAAAAACAAACCCCGAGGACGGACACGUGGUGUAGGAGGGAAAAGAAAAACAGACUCCUCUUCGCAGGAAGAUCACGAUAAGCCAUAUGUGUGUGACAUCUGUGGCAAGCGAUACAAGAAUCGCCCUGGGCUUAGCUAUCACUAUGCUCACACGCACUUAGCUGACGAGGAAGGAGACGACGACCAAGAUUCGGAGCCUUGUUCACCAUCUGUCCUGAAAAGUGACGGGCAUAAAUGGGGCAACGUAUCUGUGCGGAAUAGAACCAGGGGCAAGAAUAGAGCCAUGGAGGAUACCCGAGCUCGGAAAGGCCCGGAUGGGGUGAUCAUGUCCAACAACUACUGCGACUUCUGUCUGGGCGGGUCGAACAUGAACAAGAAGACAGGAAGAGCCGAGGAGCUGGUCUCGUGCUCUGACUGCGGACGCUCUGGUCACCCCACCUGUUUGCAGUUCACAGUAAAUAUGACUGCUGCUGUGAAAACCUAUCACUGGCAAUGUAUUGAGUGCAAAUCCUGUAGCCUGUGCGGAACAUCUGAGAAUGACGACCAGUUGUUGUUUUGUGAUGACUGUGACCGGGGUUACCAUAUGUACUGUUUAAACCCACCAAUGGUGCACCCUCCUGAAGGAAGCUGGAGUUGUCACUUGUGCCUGGAGCAACUGAAGGAAAAGGCUUCUGCUUGUGUCAGCAAACCCUAGUUCAGUGUCUUCAAGUUUUAUAUUUUUUUUAAAUCAGUUUAAUGUAGAUGCCCAUGGUCAGUACUUGCACAUUCAGGCUAAAAUAUGAACCUUUUACAAAGUGUGAAGAUGAAGCAAAGUAUUACUACGUUUAGCCUGUAGUCCAAUAUUGCCGUCAUGCCGAGUUUGAUUGUUGUCACUUCCCUGUGUGUCAUUAGAAUCCUCACUGGCUGUUCUUUACAGUUCCAUUGCCUUUAGCCACUCAGCUCACUUUGCAAAAUGACACAAAGGUUCCCAUCUUCUUAAACAUUAAUAACUGAAAUUGCCUUUGAAGUUCCUAAUUAGUUACUGAAAUAUCCUGAGUUCCCUAAAGUUGUGCAUUUACAAGAUUUGGUAAAAAAACAGUAAACUAAAUACUAGUUUGUUUGAAAGUAUAUUAUCCAAUAAAACAAAGGAAUAACAGAUAACUCACGGGAGCGUGGGACUGAGGUAGUAUUUCCAAAUGGAGCAUUGCCCUAGUCCCAUUCCCUAGCUCUGUGAAACACCCGAGCCUCAGCUAACGUGGCUCUACGGAACGUAGUCAGAGACUGAACAACCAGUCAUCAAUCCUGAUCUUAAUGUUGUACACUACAGAAAUAGCCAGUGUUAACCUUAAACUUGAAAGUUUACAUUCAACAGCAUUAUUGUUUUUUUACACGUGUUCAUUAUCAACCUGAACAAGUUGGCAAGAUUUUUUUUAUCAGCUGUCUGUCAGUUUGUGUUUUUCAUUUGAAGACUUGCUGUUGAGAAUAGUUGCUUCAGAGAAGGUCUAACACAAAGCACCAGCUCGGCUCUAUCCUCUCAGUUCACUGUCGCAUUCUAACAUAACUUCACUCAGUUCCUAAAUAAGAUGCCAGUAUAUUCUCUGAUAAGGUGAAAGAUAAUUCCAUUAUGUUAGACUUUGGUGAGAGUAUCAAUGUUUUUGUGGUUAUUGUGUGGUGUUAAUAAUCAAGAAUAUUAGCAUAUCUGUAUCAGUAUUUUAUAGAGCUCAUCAGAUCUAAAACCAGUGUAGAAAUUGUGUGUGCUUAUUUGUUUACAGUUCAGAUGCUCAAGGUAGUCUAUUAGUGUACUUUCUUGUCACUGUAACCAAGGAACUGGGAAUUCUUGUGGUAUGUCAAUGCUGCACUGUCAGAGAUGUGCUAUCUUUCGAGUGAAAUGUUACACCAAACCCGUCGACCUCUUUGGGUAAAGGACCCUGUGACACUGGAAGGUGGGUUAACCUGGCUGACUUUAAGCCUUUCACCAAUCUCACUAAACAUCUAUUACUUUUACAUAUUACUCUGCAGAUUUCAAAGUUACUACUGUGGUUUCCAGUAGUUCACAAGCCAAGGGCACUAAGAUUGUGAAUGACACUACAGAGAGAAAAAAAACAGACUGGGUUUUGUUUUUAAUUUAUUUCUGAAUAUGCCCCACGAGAGCUCAUUGUAUUUUGGAGUUAGCCCAACAAUUAGGCUUUGUGGUUCUCCCCAACCUGCCACAAGCCUCUUCUUGUGUUGACGAAGUUAAAUAUCAAUGCACACCUGCCGCUGGGGUGUGUUAAUUCAGGAAGAUCCCUGCUGCCUUUUCUCUUUAAUACGAUGUGCCAAUGGGAAUUCACACUGUCUUAUUUUGCAGGUAAGGGGAGGUUUUGUUUAACUGCUUGAUGCAUCUCCUUCCCUGUAUUUAUGCAUUCAAGCUGCCAUUCCCAACACUAGCCCCCCUUACUUCUGGGGCCCACUUCCUUUCUCUGCAUGCAGUGGGUCCCAGCCCAGCGACCUUCAGGCAGGAUACGAAGAAAGCAUCACAGCCAAGCUCACUAUGUCCACUUCGCCCUUUGAAUAGAAGGAAAUGAGCUGUCUGAACAAAUCCACCACGCCAGUGUUAUCUCUUUAUUUAUUUAUUGAGAUUCGGCACAAAAUAAGCUCUUUUGUUACUUUGAGCCAUGCUACCCAGCAAUCCCCUGUUUUAACCCUAGCCUAAUCACGGGACAGUUUACCAGUGGCAGUGCAUGGAACCUGGAGCGCCCAGAGAAAAUGUACUCCUUACAGGCAGCAGCAAGAAAGGAGCCCAGGCCGCUGGUACUGUAAAUCCUUACAGGCAGCGGCGAGAAAGGAGCCCAGGCCGCUGGUACUGUAAAUCCUUACAGGCAGCGGCGAGAAAGGAGCCCAGGCCGCUGGUACUGUAAAUCCUUACAGGCAGUGGCGAGAAAGGAGCCCAGGCCGCUGGUACUGUAAAUCCUUGUGCUAACCACUACAGUACAAUGAUCUGAUGUUUUUGUUGCAGCAUUGGAGACCUGGUCGCAGGUCAGUUAUUCAUAAGUAAUCCUUGAUGUCUUUGCUCUUCUAGGGACUAAUAAUUGGGCAAAAUUGACAGUGUUUAAGCUGUCCUCAUGAUGUGGUUUACUCAGUGGCCACUUACAGGUUCAAUGUGUAAUUGGGAUCAUUUUACAGGUCCUGUAAUAGUCAACGUUGACUUUAUUGUCACAUGCACAAGUGCAUCUGAGAACUGAUAUCACAGGCACGUAACGUCGGACAAAGACAUAUCAUACAGGGCAAUGUCUCGACGAGCUUUACAAGUGAAAUUAAAACCAGACCUACAGAAUCAAUGCCUCAAAGAAAGUCAUUGGACGUGCCUGAACUACUGGUGUGUUAAACCCCUAACACUUUCUCCUCUUUGGGCAACGUUGAGCUGCACUGACUGUAAGCAGCUUAACUGGCUGGAACAACCACUGAAUCCAUUCAAUUUACUCGUUUACCUAGCAAUACAAUGCAGAGUGGCACAGCACCCCACAGCCCAGAUUAGCCCUAACCUAAUGACAGGACAAUUUACAAUGGCCAGUUAAUCCACCCGGUGAGAGCAAACGAGCGCCCGGGGAAAACCCACGCUUUCCACAAGGCACUGGAAUCGAACUCUGAACUCAGGAGCGGCCAGAGCUGUAACAGCAAUGUGCCAACCACUAUCCUGCCCCAGCGCUCGGCUUAUCCUACCUGGAAAGCACAAGUGUGAAACUCUCUGGUCUGCCCCGUUCCCUGGGUUCCUCCUGCCUGCUGUAAGUGUGUCGUGGCUGGAGCUGCUGUACUUGGUAAAUUGAUUUCUGAAUCUCCAUUACCCAGCAAGUUAGCUUAGUGAGCAGGAUUUUAAAAUAGUCUGCCUUUGGAGUGAUUUGGUUCUUAGUGUACUCGAAUGAUUAUCAUACGUUUAUCGUGUGGCCAGAUCAUCACAAGCCCCCCUCCCCAUACACUGCUGGGGUGCCAGAGAAGUUGGUAGUUCAUUUCACACUGGGAGGUGCAGGAGAAUCCCUUCAGUGCCACAGUUGAAAGGAGUUCUUCCUGCUUUAGCUGGAAGUAUGACAGGUGGUUAUAGAUUCCCCUCUGCUGUGGAGUAGAGCAAACUUUCAACUUGAAGCUGACUCCGCUUACCGCUUUCUAUUAGUACUGAAUGCACGACUUAUCCAGCUAAGCAAUGGUGAAAGAAAACUUGACAGAUCAGGCAGGUAAUACUGUUAAAUUGCAUCUUGUAGAAUUUAACUGCUCCUCCUCCAAAAUUCUGCCUUGGCAAAAACAAAACAAAGAAGAAUGAAAAGUUCAGGGAGUGUUUGUGGAAUCAUAUUCAGUCCAUUAGUUAUAUUUAUUUAAAGAUAUCUGCAGAGCCACUUGUUUGAUAAUCAAUAGGUUUUGCAACAAUUAGGCCAAUUUUUUGAGAGUUUGCUUUAGUUUUCUGGGGAGGGAGAGGAAAGAGAGAAGAAAGGACUGAUUUAGAAUGCUCCAUUAUGUAAUUAAUCAAAGAAGCAUUGUGAAUCACAAGAUAAUAUGAGAUACUUACCCUGAUUGGUCGAGGAAUAAAACAUAUCCUGAUUGGGUGGUGUUCUGAGAGGCAAAAGAUGAAAUGGAAUUUCCUAGUUUCUUGGGAGUUAAGUUUUGAAGUGUGGAAGUCUAAGUUUCUCUGGG